ACAGAAAUCCCGCGUCAGUAGCAUCACUAGUCUCCAAACAUGGCAGGACGUAGUGGUUUUGACGAUGGUAAUCCCAGGGAUUUCGGUGGCGGCAGGAGGACACUCGGUGGCCGCCAGCUCCCUUCCGAGCCCCCAUACAAGGCUUAUGUCGGAAACUUGCCCUCGGGUAUUAUCCAGGGUGACAUCAACAGAAUUUUCCCUGACCUAGCAAUAAAAAAUGUGAGGUUGGUUAUGGAUAGAGAAACAGACAAAUUUAAAGGCUUCUGCUAUGUGGAGUUUGAAUACCUCGAGGACUUGGUCAAAGCGAUUGAGAUGAAUGGAGCUCUAAAUGUAGAUGGUAAUUUUAUCAAAAUUGAUGUCGCUGAAGAAAAAAGAAACGACCGAGGGGGCGGUUUCGCCGGCGGGCGGCGGGACGGCGGCCGUGACGGAGGCCGUGACGGCGGGCGCGGCGGCGGCGGCGGCGGGUUCCGGCGCGACGGCGGCGGCCGCGAACGCGAGCGAGGGGCCGGCGGCGGCGGCGGCGGCGGCGGCGGCGCGGGCGGCGAGCGGUGGGCCGAGGGCGGGCGCGGCUCGCGCGGCGGGUCGGAGGAGCCCCGCGGCGGCGGCGAGUGGGGCCGCAUGGGCCGCUCCGGAGGCGGCGGCGGCGGGGGCGGGGGCGCCGCUCCGCCCGCGCAGCGCCCGCCGCGCCGCAACUUCGAUGACAUGCCCCCGGCACGUCCAGAUACCUCAGGCAGACCAAAGCUGAAGCUGGAGCCGCGAACGGUGAAGGAGCCGGUGAACUCGCUGGCGUCGACCAGCCAGGCGUCGUCGAUAUUCGGCGGCGCGCGGCCGCGGGAAGAGCGGCUGAAGGAGCUGGCGGGCGAGUAAGCGCCGCGUCCCAGUGCCCGACGAUGAUCCCUUAUGUGUGCCCCGUUAUUUAAUGUGCAGACUAAAAUUGUAUAUGAACUCGAAGGAUUUUUGUUAGGUUAUGAGGUUGUAAAUCAUUUUUAUCGUAUAUUUUGUUAGCAUUAUUAUGUGUCGAUGAGCUUACCGUUUCGCCGCGGCCGCAGCCCGCGCUGCGCCCGCGCGCGACGCUCCGUUACUCUCAGUGUAAAUUGCUAGCGGACGUUUACCGUUAAACUCUCUGAGCUUGUGUGUUAGAUAUCGGCUUGCAUAAUAUUUAUGUCUCAGAAAAUAUUUUUUCGUUUGUGAUCAUAUUUGCUGAUACGUCUUAGUACAGCGAAGCGAUUAAUUUUAUUUUUACCGUCUGUGGCGAUUUAGAGCUUCGUAACUGAUUCUCUGUUGUAAUUGUUUAUCAUUUUAUCGAUUGUUUAGUUUUAUAGGUCGCGAAAAUUAAUCAUUGAUUGAGUAAUUAUGAUACAUAAUUUAAGAGUUGAUAAUAUGGUGAUGUAAUAAUUACGGUGUCAUUAAUAAAAUUAACUUCCACGUACUUGGAUUUCUACUUUAUUAGAUAUUGUGUAAUGUAAUGAGUUACGUGGCAAAGAAAUUGAAAAAAAAAAUCGCAAAAUUGUAACAGAACAUAGCAAAAAAAUAAAUAAAAAGUGAACACUUUAUAA